AUGUACGAAGACGCUUGCAGCGGGAAGAGGACGAGGACAAGGAUAUCCUUAGACACACCAGAGCCCCUAGAUUUCCACGAGACAUCCAUCGAGUUCGACCCAACCUGCGACCUAGUCAUCGUGUUUCCAGUAUUGUUACAAGUUGAAGAAUCAGCCUUACGCACCUUGGGUCGAAUUGGAGAGUACUGUAUGCUCACCAGAGGGAAAGCGCGGAAAAUGAUACCAAAAAAAGAGGAGUUGGAACAAGGGCUGGUCCUAGAGGAAGAAAUACCAACAAGUUCUUCGAGAAGUACCAUUUCACAUGAUCUCACUUCUAUCACCACUACCCCAGAUCCGCUGAAAGAAUUAUCGCAGCAGUUGUCACAAUUAUUAGCCAUUAUGACGAUGCAAAAAAAGGAACAAAAUGCAUUAAGGGAAGAACUGGCUACGAUGAAAGCUGACCGACAGAACCAACAGCUACUCACCUCGAAAGGAGCAAGUUCGAUCGAAAUCGAAGAAAACAAGCCGUGUUUGGAGCCAAAACUUACCAACAACGAACGAACAGGAAGAAUGUCACGAACUACGUCGUGA